AUGGAACCCGCGGCCAUGUCGAGAUCCCCGUGCUCUAUCAUCUCGCCGGCCUCCAUAUCGACCGGCCCGCUUCUCCCCGUACGCCUCGCCGUCCGGCCCCGCCGCCGCGCGCCUGCUUUCGUCGCGCCCUCUGGCAGGCCGCUCGUCGCGCGGCGCGCCGCGGCCGGAGAGAAGUUCGAGGCCGAGACGCCCAUAGAGAAAAGAUUCCCUGCCUUCCCAACUUUCAUGGACAUCAACCAGAUCCGUGACAUCCUGCCACAUAGGUUCCCGUUCCUUCUGGUUGACAGAGUUAUUGAUUACAAACCAGGAGAAUAUGCUGUUGCAAUCAAGAAUGUGACAAUAAACGAUAACUUCUUCCCAGGGCAUUUCCCUGAACGGCCCAUAAUGCCUGGUGUUCUCAUGGUUGAGGCAAUGGCCCAGGUUGGAGGAAUAGUGAUGUUGCAGCCUGAAGUAGGUGGAUCUCGAGAGAACUUUUUUUUUGCAGGGAUUGAUAAAGUGAGGUUUCGGAAGCCUGUGAUUGCUGGAGACACCUUGAUCAUGAGAAUGACUCUGAUCAAGCUGCAGAAGAGAUUCGGAAUUGCAAAGAUGGAAGGGAAAGCUUACGUUGGUGCCGACCUAGUGUGCGAAGGAGAGUUCUUGAUGGCUACUGGAUCAGAGUGA